CUUGUUUCUUCUCGUGUGCGCACUGAGUUAAGUUUUCUCCUUCUCCUCAGUCACCGUUCGCCAACGCGACGGUAUCGUACCGCAUCAUCGCCGCGAUUCCGUCCUCGCGUGCACAGUCGCAUGCACGCACGUAUAUUCUGUCUUAAUCGUUGUUUACCAAUUUUUCCGAUCACGAUUACGGUGCUCUAGAUCGGUACGCGUGAGGUGAAAGUAACAAUUUAUAUGACUCUUUAGUACAUUCCAAAUGAAUUCGUCUACGCGGUAAUAUUUACGGGCGAGUAUCGCAGGCACUGCUGUGCACGAAUGUAAGUUUGUACACGUGAUGUAAAUAUCGCAAUUAAUAUUAGAUAGGAUUAAAGUCUUGUUUAUAGAUAUUACAGUUUUAUAGAAUCUUUGCGUUUAUACGCGUUUAUUUGCAUCUGUCAAAUAAUCGUAUCUAUGACCGUGCUGUGCAUCUCGGAAAAUGUCUUUCGUAAUCGGUUGUCCUUGUGCGCGGCAUAAAGAGACCGUACUUAUGCGCGCGCGAUGGAAAAUGUCACGUGUACCAAUACUGAAGCACAUGGCACGCUCAAUCUGAUUUUUUAGGAUUUUGGGAUCGGUGAUCUGAUAUUUCACAGGAAAUAACGGAUUUCGCGUCUCGGUCACAAGAGUUGCCACUUUGCAAAAUUAUAGCAAUGAGGAUCGAGUAAUCACUGUUUGAAAUAUUAUCAAGAGACUACUUGAGAGACCGUCUGCAAGCAAGGAACAAAUUCGGUUUCCAAAAUCUGUCUGGGAAAAUCUUGCCGAAUACGAGAAAUAUGGCAUUGGUGAAUUUUAGUUUGCCCUAUCAGUCUAUGACACCGCUUCUUUACGCAGGCUCAACCGGAGAUCAUACAACUGUCAAUAGUCUUCGUUUGAACGCUGUGUCACCAUGGGGAUCUGCACCCAGUUAUAACAAUCGGGAAAGCUUGCGUAAUGAGCCCUAUGCACCACCGAGCAAGUACCAACAUCAACGUACUCAGCAACAGAGAAGUCAUGAGAUUUACACGGAACACACGUCAUUUUCAUCGACGCAGAACAACCGUUACACCGGAUACAAUCAAGAUUUUAGACGGACGCAACCGAGGCAGCAGCAACAGCAACAACAGCAACAGAUGAGACCGCCUUCUCCCUUGGAGUUUCAGCAUCAGCAUUCUUCUGAAACCAUGAAAAUUCAGCUAGAGAAGGAAAAUUAUCCAGACAGACUUAUCGGAUAUAAGAGAGUUAACGAUGGUAGCUCCGUCGGUCCGGAUAUCAAAACUUCGAUUCACGCUGUGUUGGACUACGACGAUGAUUUCGAUGAUUACUACGAUGACGAGGAUCAAAACAUACCGACGAAUACACAUGUCACGCCUAUUCAGGGUCCGAUCUUUUUGAAGAAUGGCUCCGUACCUGUGGUACCUUUGUAUUCGUAUCCUCAACUAAACAAUGGGACAUUCGUACAAAUACCGUAAAUCUUCAAUACUCGUGGUAUAGAUGCGGCUGCUUCCACGAACCCGUAAUACUUCUCAGAUGAAGUGAGCAACAUCGGAAGUCUUUCCGGAUUCAUUGUCCGUACGAUGCACGCGUUCUGCACGACGACUCGUGAGACAAGCAAUUCCUCGAAAGUCAAACGUUCCACACGACAAGCCGCUGGAUACGUGUUACUUCACGGCACACAUAGUCAAACAGGCAAUGCGACAAAUUGCUAAAUACGCGUAACUUAUUACGCGGAGGCAUUAUAACUCGAGUCGUACAUGCAAUGUACCAAGCGUACGUAGCGUGUGGAUCCUCGAGCUCCCUUUUGCGCACUGAUUCUUGCAGCGCUCGGUAACCGUAGUGUCCAGCAAGGAGAAUACGUUGAGAUUGACGAAUAGCAUCGAUCCACCUCGAUGACACAUAUUUCUGUGCCACAUAUCACGACACGGUGUCGUGAUAUUUUCGCGAACAACGAUAACACUCAGCAUCGGCCGAGCCAAAUCAAGAUCUAAUAACCGAAGAAACUUAAAUCUUUAACACAUGAAUAAAUUAAUAAUUCUAAAAGAACCUGGUGUAUCGAACAAUACACAGCUAUAUGUUAAAGAAUAAAACAAGUGAACUUAUAAUACAUAAUUAACUACAAUGAUGGAAAUAAUAACACUGUAAAUCAAAUAGUUAACAACCAUUCAGUUUGUUGCUCGUUGUUAAACUGAGAAGGUCAGAGCAGAUUACGACUCGUGUCAGAUAUUAAAGACAAACCAUUAAAAAAAAAAAACAAACGUUUCCAAUAUUAUAAUUUAAAAAGUAAACGAGAAUAUUCACUGUUUAAUAAUUCAGUAUCUUCCAUAUAAUUAAUACCAUUAAUUUGUAGUUUAAUAUAGAUUAUUUCUGAGACCAAUCUUUUAUAAUAAUUGGUCUCGAAAUCUAAUAUUUUUUUAUUCUGCCAAUCAAAUGUAUGAUUAUAUUUUAGCGUGUGUUAUACAAUUAUUAAAUGUUUAAAAGUACUCAAAUUAUUGUUUUCAUAUGUUUAUUGAAUCUCGUCCUUAACUGUCUCUUUGUUUGUUCCACGUAUGACGCAUGACAAUUUUUACAACAAAUUUAUACACAACAUUAUUACUAGAAUUCACCGGCGUUUUAUCCUUGUGUCUUUUUUAUGAAUUCAAUUAAUUUAUAUAAAACACGCCCUAUCAUAUAUUCUUUUUUAUCGAUGGCUGAAGGGAUCAUUUCUGAGACAUUGUGCAUAUAGGGUAUGGUUAUAAUUUUCUUAUUAAUUUUACAAUCCUCUUCUGUUUCUAUAUCAAUGUUCGGUUUAUUUAUAGUGAGAUUUUUUUAGUUUUUUUCUUAUUUUAUCAAAUAUUAACUCAAUUGAGUAUUGGGUAUUGGGUAAUUAUUUUUCAAUAACGUGUCAACAACAAACUCCAAAUUUGUUUUAUGAAAAGUCAGAUGUGAUAAAAGAAUCGUUCUAUCAUGCUGUCAUCAUGCUAUACAUCGUACCAAUCUUAUGACAGAGCAGAUGAUUAGAUAAAUAAGAUAAGUAUCUUCCUGAAAAAGUUUCUUUGUGGAACUAUGUAACGAUACGACUUUUCUCGCGGCCGCGGAUUAGCUCGCCGGUGCCAGGGUCGAGAAAAGAAGGAACUUCGAUUUGUGAAGAAAAACAAAACAUUUAUUUUAAGAAAGUCUCUCUACACUCUGUGUUAGAUAAAUAUAAAAAUAAAAUGUAUUAUAAAAGAAGAAGUCGACACCUUUAGGACUUGUGUCCCACGGAACGUUUUUUACUCGCGGAAACUUAGAAAAAUAUCUUACGCGGUGUCGUUGAGUUCUAGUUAAUUAUUGCGCUGGAAUACAAAUAAUAUCGCGGUUCUUACAAAAUAAAGCUCGGAUCUGAAUAAAGAAAUAUCUUCUAACGCAAAUCUUAAAUCUAACACAGUUCUUAUAAACUAAGAUUUGAACACGGCGAAUUAUUAGAAUAACACAGACCUUGAUAUUAACGCAACGCCUGAGGAAGGGACAAGCUACGCUCGCUACGCUAAGAGGGCGCUUGGUUGGACGGCACGCUCGGGACGGAGAAUAUCCGAGAAAAUUUCCUGAGGAAGGUCCAGCGAGGAAAUUGAAACGCGUCAUUGCCGACCGGGUGGUAUUAUUAUAAAUUCGCUUUGAAAAUAAAACAAAAAUUAAGAGUCAAAAUUACAGGACAGGUAAAAAAAUGGCUAAGUACGCCCGGUAUUAGGAAGCCGAGAAAGCCCGGCACAGGAAGCCGAAGACGGCUGGUUUCAGGAAGCCGAAGACAACUGGUUUCAGGAAGCCGAGAACACCCGGCACAGGAGUGCGGUACGGAAUAACCGAAUACGCCCGGUAUCAGGAGGCCGUGAACGACCUGUGUCAGGAAGCCGAGAACGACCGGCACAGGAGUGUAGAUAACCGAGAAUACCCGGUGUCAGGAGUGUUCAAGAAACCGAGUAUAAGGAAGCCAAGAACACCCAGCCAAGGAGUACUCCCGGAGUGUCGGUACCGGUGAUUUGGAACUUACUGGUUGCUCCGACCUGGUGUGGUUCCGUAUUUAUAUGCUUGAGACGCCCACGCAGUUAAAUCCACGUGGCUUCCCCAUUUUUCGGCGCGCACCCACGCGCACGUGCUCGCGCGAUGCUAUGCGUGACUUCAUGCGAACGGGCGCGAGAGCAAGCGAGAGGGAGAAUGAUAUCGACGUCACGUGACCAGGCGCGAGAGCAAACGAGACAGAGAAUAAUACCGAUGUCACGUGGCCGGGUACGCGAGCGAAAGAGAAGGACAGAUAUUUUGCGAGCGGGCGUGCGAGCGAGAGGGAAAUAAAGUUUUACCUGCGUAACGAGGCUAUCGUUACAGCUAUCAUCAAAAAUGUAUAAAAAUGUGGGAGGAUCUGAAUAACGCUGCUGACAAUGUUUUGGCGUAAAUAUAUUUUAUUUUGAAUUAUUAGCCAUUCAAUACAAUAUGAAUUACAGUUACUGACUCUAUUGCUUGUCUUUUUAUGAAAUGUAAUUAGCAUCAAGACUUUAUAUAACUUAUAAUUUUAACUUCUGUUGUGCCCGGUGGCAGUCCUGGCACGUCACUAAGGAUUUGGGAUCGUUGCUGCGCCCAAGGGGUUAGAGCUCGAGGAAGAGCUGCAUUGAUGGUAGACACUCUUGAUUUCCCAACGUUAAUAUAUAUAGUGGUAGUCAAAAGUUUUCGGCCAGUUUGGUUUUCUUCUAUCAUUCUUAUGAAUAAACCAUACUUUUUUAUAAGGAAAGGCACGUCAAAAGAACGCCAAUGAUGUAGUAUAUAUUGUUUAUUAAAGCAAUAUAACUUUUUUAUUUACAAAAAAUCAAAAUUUACAUGGACAAAGUUUCCGGCCUUGUUUUCACAUUUUACGGCCGCUGUGUGUUGCUCCAUCUUGAUUAAACAAAGAGUGUUAGUUUGUAAAUAAACAUGGCUCGACACAUAAGUAUUCAAAUGUGUGAGAUGAUGUUGCGGUUCUAGAAACAAGGAAAGAGCUUGCGGACUAUUCCAUCAAU